UUCAUCUUUGGUCAGCUUAAAGACUCCUCUUCUCUCUCUUCAACAAAUUGUGUAUAUAUACACACAAGGACCCCCACUCCAUUAAACAACUUUGCUCUACUCUUUAACAAAAUUUUCUACAAAGAGAGAAAAGCAAUACAUAAAAACGAAAGCUACAUCUUUUUUCUUCCAUUGAUUAAGUCACAAAAAGAAAAAGAUCUUUUUGUUCCUUGAGAUCGAUUGAUCGAUCGAGUAGCUAGAAUGGGAAGGCCACCUUGCUGUGAUAAAAUUGGGGUGAAAAAAGGACCAUGGACACCAGAAGAAGAUAUCAUCUUGGUUUCAUACAUUCAACAACAUGGUCCUGGUAACUGGAGAGCUGUUCCCAGUAAUACUGGUUUGCUUAGAUGCAGCAAAAGCUGUCGGCUCAGAUGGACUAAUUAUCUCCGGCCCGGAAUCAAACGUGGAAACUUCACUGAGCACGAAGAGAAAAUGAUUAUCCACCUCCAAGCUCUUCUCGGCAACAGAUGGGCAGCGAUUGCUUCAUAUCUCCCUCAAAGAACGGAUAAUGAUAUUAAAAACUACUGGAAUACUCAUCUGAGGAAAAAGCUGAAGAAGCUUCAAGGGAAUGAUGAGAAUAGUACUCAAGAUGGAACAACCUCAUCAUCAUCUCAAUCAAAUUUCUCAAAGGGACAGUGGGAGAGGAGGCUUCAAACAGAUAUCCACAUGGCUAGAAAAGCCCUUUGUGAGGCUCUGUCACUUGACAAAUCCGAUUCCCCGGGUAAUCCAAUUAGCCCAAUUGCUGCUCCACAACCCGUUACAGGAUCCAGCUCCUAUGCAUCCAGCGCAGAAAACAUUUCUAGGUUGCUUCAAAAUUGGAUGAAAAGUUCCCCCAAAUCAUCUGAAUUAAGUCGAUCAAAUUCUGAGACAACACAAAGCUCGUUGAAUAACCCAUCAAUCGGGUCGGGUUCAGGUUCGAGUCCUAGUGAAGGUACCAUAAGUGCUGCGACACCAGAGGGUUUUGACUCGCUUUUUAGCGAGGACAAUGCUUUCACACCUGAAAAUACUACGAGUUUUCGGGUUGAAAGCAAGCCGAAUUUUCCAAAUCUUGAUGUGAAAAAUGGAUUUUUGUUUCAAGAGGAGAGCAAGCCAAGUUUGGAGGAGGAGUUACAAGUCCCGUUAACUUUGCUAGAGAAGUGGCUAUUUGAUGAUGCUAUUAAUGCACCAGCACAAGAAGAGUUCAUGGCAAUGGAUUUGGGUGAAUCUGCUGACUUUUUUUUGAAGAAACAUUUACUAGUAAAUGACAGUUCUAGUAAAUAUUUCUUCAGAACAACAUAGCAGUUCAAAUUUGGGGUUUUCUUUAAUCUGUUUUUUAUGUUUGUUACUUGUUAAUUAGAGCUUUGUACUUUAGUUUAAUAGGUUCUACUUAGUAGCUAGCCUGAGCAAAAAUUCUAUUACUUGCAACAGCAAAGAAAAGUGUAUAUUACAAGUAAUCUUAAAUAUGCAUAUGUAGUGAAUAGCACCAGUUGUAAUAAUGUUUAAUUACCAGCC